AUUUUUUUAGAAAAUGAAAUCCCAAAAAAAUUAAAUACCCCGGCUGAUACUCCUUCUUCUCCUUCUAAAAUCCUCUGCUAAACCCUAAAUCAUUCAUAACCAUUUUCCAUUCCAAAAAAAUUAAACAUCCCGCCUACUACCACUCGCCAAAUCACCCUAAAUCAUAAAUCCCUAAAUAUUAAGAACCCUAAUUUGUUCUUGAGAAACGGUGCCUUAGAUCAAAAACUGUGAAUUCAACUUCGAAUUAGUUCAGGUUCUCUCAAUCAAGAACCUCCCCAUUCUAUAACUCAGAAAAAGCAUCAAUGCACGCAUAUUGCACCUGCGCCGGAAUCAGACGUUCGUUAUCCCAUAUGGUCAUCGUCACAGCGUCGGGCUUUAUCAACUCCUUCCGCAAGAUCUUUCUCGUAAAUUCUAUCAAUCCUAACCGUUCUCUCAAUCAAGAAACCCUAACCUUUCUCUCUAUUCACGAGCCAGUAAUCGCGGCAAAGAAGAUCAACAACAAAGACCAACUGCUUCGAUUUCUCCCUAAAACUGGUGGUCUCGGUGGUGUUUGA